AUGAGAUUUCUAUUCUUCUGUGCACUCUUUCUUCUAAGGCUUUUCAAUUCUUUUACCAUCGAAACCUUUUUCCAGCCAGACGAGUACUUCCAAUGUCUAGAGGUGGCCCAUUCUUUGGUAUUCGGCUAUGGAUACUGGACUUGGGAAUGGCGGGAGGCUCUACGCUCUGCAAUUCAUCCUCUCAUAUAUGCAAUUGGAUAUAAGGGGGCUCAAAUCUUGCUUUCGGAGGAUUUGGCUGUGAGAAUAGCUCCAAAGAUUGUAGGUGCACUUAUAGCAGCGCUGACAGAUUACUAUGUCUACAAAUUCGCUCGAGUGUACUGGCAAAACGACACAAAAGCCGUCUUGUCUUUGAUUUUGUCCGUUUGUAGCAGUUGGAACUGGUAUGUGGCCACGAGGUCCUUUCUGAACAAUUUGGAGAUGCUCUUCACAGUGAUCGGACUCUCAUACUGGCCCUGGCACCAGUACAGAUUGAUGCUGCUACUACAAGCUAGUUUCUAUGGGUUUUUGAGUUGCAUCAUCCGGCCCUCCAACGCGUCUCUCUGGGGCUUAUUGGGGGCAACAAUUCUUCUCAAGAACUACAUGAACUUCUCCAGACUUAUGCGUUUGCUACUAUCUUUAUCCAUUGUGUUAUUAGCUGUUCUUUCUAUCUCAGCAGCUGCAGACCGUUAUGUGUAUGGAUACUGGACGUUUCCAUUGUACACCUUUAUGGAGUUCAAUGUGAUGAAAAACCUACUGAUCUUUUAUGGAUCCGCGCCAUGGCACUUUUAUUUAUUCCAAGGGAUCCCGCUCAUGCUUAUGAUGUACUUGCCAUUAUACCUUAUCGCGUGCUACCGGAGAAGGAGUCACUUACUAGUAUGGUAUGGCCUUCUAGUCAUUGGAGUGUACUCUUGCAUUGAUCAUAAAGAGUUCAGGUUCUUACAGCCAAUAUACCCGAUAUUGCUUUUGUUAAGUGCAGACACACUCUAUCACUUCAGAAAAUGGAGGAGACUCAUUAUCACGACUGUUUUGGUCGUUCAUGUUCCUGUUGCGUUCUUUUUCACUCGCAUACACGAAAGGGGGGAGAUUGAUGUGGUCAAAUAUUUGAGAGAUGAAGAGAGUGUCUCAUCGAUUGGAUUUCUCACACCUUGUCAUUCUACUCCAUGGCAGAGCAUGCUACAUAGACACGAUCUCGAAGCCCAAUCGUGGUUUUUGACUUGCGAGCCCCCACUACAUCUUAGUCUUGGAACCCUAGAACACAUGAAAGCAUACAGAGAUGAGCUGGAUUUGUUCUUUGAUAACCCCAAAAAGUUUUUGAAAGAUUUCAGGCGGCCAUGGCCCUCUCACCUUGUUGUUUUCGAGCCUAUGGUUUCCACAAUUGAGAAAAAUUUGGGUCAGUAUAAGGAAUGCUCCAGAUUUUUCAACUCAUACUUUCAUUGGGACAGUCGGCGGAGCGGAGACAUCGUUGUGUUUUGCAGAAAGGGGAAGUGA